UUGGUAAACAUGGCUGUAACGCGCCGAGGUAUCGUCACUUUCGUGGUUGGAUUACUGUUUGGAUUUGCCAUAACGUACAUGUUUACCAUAUCAACAUCUACCCGGCUGAAGUUUCCCCAAAGACAGAAGGUUUCAUACGCUGGAGGUUUCAUUCCCGACAGCCCCCACAGUCAUGGCGAGAUGGACAACGUGAAGGGACCCGAGCAGUCUGUGAACUGGGCAGAUGAACAUUCUCACAGUCACACCGAGCAGUCCAGUGCCAUCGCCCAUGAACUGGCAGUGAAGAUUCGCGUGCUGUGCUGGGUCAUGACGAACCCAUCCAACAUCCAAACCAAGGCCAUGCAUGUGAAGGCUACUUGGGGCAAACGCUGUAACGUGUUGCUCUUCAUGAGUUCAGAAGUAGACGCCACCCUGCCUGCCAUCAAACUUCCUGUCUCUGAAGGUCGCGAUAACCUCUGGGCCAAGACAAAGGAAGCAUUUAAAUAUGUCUACACUAACCAUUUUAACGAUGCUGACUGGUUUCUGAAAGCUGAUGAUGAUACGUAUGUUAUUCUGGAAAAUUUGCGACAUUUUUUAAGCGAUAAAGAUACACAGAAGCCGCUGUACUAUGGCAGAAGGUUUAAGCCGUAUGUUAGCCAAGGAUAUAUGAGUGGCGGGGCUGGAUAUGUCCUAAGUAAGGAUGCCUUGACACGAUUCGUCGAAAAAGCUGUGAAUGAUCCAGGGAAAUGCCGGAACGACAACGGUGGGGCCGAAGAUCUAGAGAUGGGGCGGUGUUUGGAGAAAGUUGGGGUGGUGGCUGCGGACACUCGAGACGAGCUUGGGCGUGAAAGGUUCCAUCCGUUUGUUCCGGAGCAUCACCUAAUUCCGGGGAUAUUGCCGGCUGAUAUGUGGUACUGGAGUUACAGCUAUUACCCGGCAAAACAGGUAGUGGGAUAAAACUGCAGCUCACUCACACUCAUCACCUUCCACUGCUGCGCCCCCAACAUGAUGUACAUCAUGGAAUACAUGAUCUACCACCUCAAACCGUUCGGCAUCAGUGUUGUGGAGCAGUGCCCCGAAAAGGAGGAGCAAGUGACGAAGGUGGAUGCGGAACCUCCAUUACAACAAGCCAAACAACCUGCCCAGCCUGGACAACAGGAACACAAGGAUGUUAAAGUAGCCGAAAAUAUUGAAAGUAAAUCCAUAAGUCAUAUGGAUAAAAAUGUUAUAGUAGACUCAAAAAAUACAGUUCACCAAAAACUGGGUACAUCAUAGUCUUUCUGUCAGUUGUCAAUUUUGUAUUUUGUUUUAAGAGGCUGGUCUCAUUCAUUAUCUUAAUAUUAUAUUUGAAAAUUGAAAUAUUCAUUUUCAGGGACGAAAAUGUAUUUGGUUGUAGCCCUGAUAAUGGAUAUGGAUUCAAUCAUUUGGGGAAUGGGGUAGGGGUGGGGGUAUACAUGUUUUCGUUUCAUAUAAACAUUAUUGUCAGAAUUUAUUGCGGGAAUUUUCUUAGAAUUUUUUUUGUGAUAAUGUUGCUUUUAGUCAUAUUGAUAUUGCAUUGAGUAGGUUUUGAGUAGGAUGUUACCCAUUAAGCGUAGUCUCUCUCAUUAUAUCAUGAUGAUCAUGUUGAUGCUACUUGCACAGUCAGAAUAAUCUUCAUCAUGAGAUUGUAUAUGAAUGUUGUGACGUUAAUACUGGUAUUUUACUUUAGGACAGACCAAGUUUAUUUCUUGUUUUACAGAUUUUUGUCCUCAGAAACCUAAAGGCAGGAGGGGGAAAAAAUAAAAAUAUUAAUCACCACUCAAAGUAAUAUUCCUUUUAAAUAUUAAAAGUAUUAUAUUUUGGGCAAUUUAUAUAGUGUGGGGUCAAAAAACAAUCAAAAAAAGUUUUUGGGGUAAGUUUACAUUUUUGGCCAAUAAAAACAUGAGGAUUUUAUUUUUUGAGCUGGAAAAAUUAUUAUUUUAUUUUUUUCUUAUUCUUGAAAAAAUUCAACCAGCAGAUCCGUAAAACAAGAAAAAAAUUGGUCUGGCCUUAACUAUUAUUAUUUUCAUGAUAUUAUUAUUUUAGUUCUUGAAUGAAAAUGCAGUCAAAUACCGAUGUGUCAAUACUGAACUGAGGAAGAAAAGAACUUCAAGUUAACAGAGGUUCAACGCAACCAAACACAGGGACCAAACUUAUACUUUGAGACUGACUGACUGACUGAGUUUGGUUUUACGCGCUUAGCAAUAUUCCAGCAACAUCACGGC